AUGCACAAGGCGAUCGACGCCGGUUCGCCCAUAUCAACCGCGGUCGGGUCACUAUCUAGUCCGCUAUCUAGUCCACAAUCCCGUCCACAAUCACAAUCACUGGGUCGACUCUCCGCAGCUGAAUCAUCGUCUUCCGAAGCAUCAUCCCUCUUUUCACCAUUCUCCUUUAUUUAUCCAUCAAUAUUGACUACACCACCCUCUCCACCCCUGCACCCAUACUCAACGAAUACACUUCCGUCUCCUGACUCUCCGGUUUCGCAUCUGUCACCUCCAUUACCAUCCAUUCCACCAGUGCUUCUCGCAUCAUAUCCAACGCAACGUCUAAUAAACAUAUAUCCUGAAGUUCUUGCAGCCCAUGGCGAAUUACGUGGGGUUCCCAUCGUCGCAAAGAACAAUCGUGCAGAGCGUACGGUGGCUAGUUCUAUCUUUGUUGUAGACGGACAAGAGAAUAAGGCGUGCAACGUUAUUAUCGACAGUACAUAUGGGGAUUUGGACAUGGUUGAGGGAGUUGGUAAAGACUGUGAGAGUAGUGAAGUUGAUUUCAGGUUGAAUGGUGGGAAUAUGGAAAAUCUGCAGAGUGAAGAGGGUAACAGAAAAAGUAUGGGUAAGAGGGAUAGCACUUUCAAAGAAGAAAGUGUGAGUGAAAUAUAUAUAAUAGAGAGAUUGAGAGGUCAAAUAAGUAAAACAGAUAACCGAAGCAGUGUUCAGAGUAACAAACUGAGAGAUAGAACGGUAUUUUCGAGUAGGUCUACGUCAAUUAGUGACAAUAUUAGAAGUAAGCCAACAAGCAUUGACCUGGAAAAGGUUUCCCAAUCGAUCCAUGAAAGGAACUUUUUCUGCAACUUCUUCCGGCGAAAAGAUGAUAGGAUAGCGAAUACGAAAGAGAUAAAAACCAUCAGGGAGAGUUGGGAGAUUAUAAGUAAGAAGGAGAGAGAAGACGGGAGUUGGGAGAUUGUAAGUAAGAAGGAGAGAGAAGACGGUUUUACGGAUAAGUCGACCGAAGAUGAUCGCAUACCAGAUAAACUUUCUGGUUGGUCUCAGCCAUGGUUGAACGAGUCCGGCAAACCAACGGCGAAGCUUUGGAGUGUUGUGUUUAUAACAAUCAUUAUUGCCGUGAUGAUUCUGCUUACUAUUGGUGUUAUAGUUGGAUUCGGUAAAUGA